AUGGCGCUCUGCGAGCAGUGGGAAGAAGCGAAGUCCUGCAAAAUGACCGCCGCUGCCACGUGUGCUCGAACUGUUUUGAAACCUGACAUCAUGGCCAAGCUGGACGACCUAUUCAAUAAGUUUUGGAAGAAAAAAGCAUCUAGGGAGCAGCAAGCUAAGGUACACAAACCUGUUAAACGCAUACCCACAGUGUUGCCGGCACACUCCCAACAUGAGUGCAUACUCCCUCAAGUAAACAGAGCCCAAAAAUGGCUCUGA